UAAAAGUACAAAUAAAGGGCCUUUCACGAUUAGUUUUACUCCCCCAGUCGAUAGAUUGAACAUCAAUGGCUACUACAACACUCUUACCAUAUUCAACACUCUGUUCCAUUUCCAGAACCAAAUCUACUACCCCAUCUUCUUCUUCUUUGACCCUUCCAAUUCUUCGAAUUCCUCAAUUUCAAAGCCCUGGAAACAUUGCCAGUCGUUACCCUAAUUUAUCACUUGUCAACAAGUUGACAAAAUCGAGAACCAUUGUUAGGUCAGUAGCAGAGGAAACCCUAAUUCCAGAAGAUGCAGAGCAGAACACUGCUACCAUAGAAGGAGAAGAAGCGCCCACCACUGCCAUAGAAGGAGGAGAAGCGUCCACCACUGACCAGACCGUUUCCGUCCCGGUCUCGCCUUCCGACGUUCUCACCAUGUUCUUUCAGGCUGAAGGAUCGAUGAAUGAGGCAGGUAUUCCUACAGUGACCAAGGCUUUAGAGGAAGCAGAGGGCAUUACAAAUUUAAAAGUUCAAGUCCUUGAGGGUAUUGCUAGUGUUGAGUUAACAAAACAGACGACUGUACAAGCAGCAGGGGUGGCUUCCAGUUUAGUUGAGAUCAUACAAGGUUCAGGCUUCAAGUUACAAUCAUUGAAUUUGAGUUUUGAGGAUGAAGAAGACAUCAACUAGACAAAAAAAACAAAAAAAAGGUUUGAAACUCCUCCCAAGAAUCUUGGAAUCCAGGCAGAUGCUGGAAAAUGUAUUGAGUUUACUCGGGAUUGUUAGUUUUAUAGGCCUCUUCUCUUGUACGAUGUUGUGCAAUUACUUUAUCAGUGGAAGUAGUUGAAGUUCACAAUUUAGAUUGAGAAUUGUCUAAAUAUGUUUGAUCAAACUUUGUUUUGCAAGCUGUUCUGAAAUCCAGAAUGCCAACAUUGUGGCUUUUGUUUC